AUGGCACAAUACCGCUGGCUGAUCACGGGAGCCUCGAGCGGUCAGGGCGCUGAAAUAGCUUUAGCCGCUUUGCGACAUGGAUACCAUGUCAUAGGUACAGCACGCAAUGUCGUGAAGGCGAAGGAAGACUAUCCUAAUCUUGAAGCACUAGGGGGCGUAUGGCUAGACCUUGACGUGACCAGUGACGACACACAAGCUAUCGUGGAGAGGGCAGUCAAGGAGCACAGCAUUAAUGUCGUUGUUAACAAUGCCGGAUAUGGCCUUCGCGGCGUACUUGAAGACUUAAGUAUGAAGCAGAUUCGAGCACAAAUGGACACCAACUUUUUCGGUGCUGUUGCUGUCACUAAGGGUGCGAUUCCGACCUUCCGCGAGCGCGGUGGCGGCAUUAUAGUUAUGAUAUCAUCAGCAUCAGGCUUCACAGGCACUCCUUCACAGAGCAUGUACUCCGCCUCGAAGUUCGCCUUGGAAGGCCUGUCCGAGUCACUGGCCGAAGAGCUCGCUCCGUUCGGAAUCCGUGUGCUAAUUGCUGAGCUCGGUGCAUAUCGCACGCCUUUCCAGAGUGCAGUGGACAAGCCGUCAAACAUUAUCAGCGAGCCAUACAAGGGCACGAUUGCAGACAAGACCGCGCAACGUAUUACAGCUGGGCAUGGAAAACAAGCCGGAGACCCAGCGAAGGCAGCCGAGGCUAUUAUAGAGGUAGUAACGGGCGAAUGUAGGGGCGUAAACUUAAGGCACGUUCUACGGCUACCGCUGGGUAAGGACGCCGUGCAGAGGGCGCGUUCGAAGAUCGAAUCUUUCACCCGCGAUAUCGAUUCAUGUAAGCAACUUGCCGAGUGGGCGAGCUUUGACACGUCAUGGGAUGGCUAUCCACCACUGGAAUCCUCAGCCGAUGCCUGA